GCCAUGGCCCCAAAAGCACCUGCCGAAGUGCAGCUGGAGCAGCUGGAUGAGGCCUUUGGCCCCGGUUACUUCGAACAUGGCCGGCUCAUCUUCACAGUGGCUCGCGACAUUCCAGGCAUGAUGAAAGUUGCUCACAAGCUGCAGCAGAAGACGCACGAGAAGCUAGGUUCAAUGGUGGAAAUCAUUUUGGAACAUGUGAAGCAUGAGCUUUGGCUGAAACUCCAUGAGAGUACCACCAGCUGCAGCCUGCAGAAAGGCCAAGAGGUCGCAGAAUAUCAAGUGACCGACAUCCCAGAUGGCAUUCGACAGCAUCCCUACCGGCGAGAUAGGCUUCCAACCUUGGAGGUCAUGCUACUGUGGGAAGAUCCAUCCAAUGGCUCAGUGCGUGGCCGUUGCCUCUUCACAAUGCCACACCCAGAAGUGCCAAAACUGGAAGAUGUGGACGACAUCUUCGCAGAGAUUGAGCCCUUCUUCGCGAAGCGUUGGCUGAAAGUUCAGCUGGCCCUGGAGACUCCUCAGCAAGGUGAUUUCGCUGAGACACCGCCAGAUCUCGGCGGGCUCCCCUUGAGUGGUGCAGAUGUCAUGGUCCUGGCGUGCCAUCCCAGGGGCUUUGCGUCUGAGGCAUCUGAAUCUGUGGUGCACGUGAGCCAAUGCCAACCCUUGUCCUUCAAGGCCAAAACAGACGAUGCAGGACAAGCCCAGAUUUGCUUCCUCCCCGCGUCUUUGAACAAAGUGCAGGUUACUGAGACGGCCGUGUUCCACGGCACCGAGGUGUCCUUGAUGGGCUCCGAGUUGAAGAGCUUGGACGAAGGUGUCACCAAUUUGACGGUUCGAUUGUUGCCCAAGGCCCAAGCGAGCCUCUCGGUGCAUGUGUUUUGCAUGCCAAAGAAGAUGCCGGAAGCGACGGAGGAGAUGUUUGGCAUCAUCGACUGGGCAGCAGAAGAUCGACAAGCGAUACCUGCAGCAAAGGUAGACGUGACUCCCUUGGAAACCAACGGGAUGCAGUUGAGUCUGCAGCAUACGGCGGAGGAUUCCUUUGAAGCGUCGUUGGCUGAGGGAUGUUUUUCUGUGAAGGUGGCCUGUGAUGGCUACGAGACCGAGGAGCGCACGCUGAUGCUGCUGGUUGGUCCCAACCAUGUGUACUUCCCCAUGGUGCCUCGAAGUGUCAAUGUCGAGUGAGGGACCGGUUGCUGAAAUUGGGCAGCCUGGCCGGAUCGGUGUGUCACAGCGUAGAGGCUCCAGAGGUGCCAUAUCGAGUGAUAA